CCUUACUACUCUUGGUUUGCAUUUCUCUUUUUGCGGCAGGUUCGUAGCUUGGCCUUCAUAAGAUGCCAGCAUAGAAGAUUCACGAACUCGUAGAUUGGCUUGCUUGACUUUCGCACAUCGGAUGCCCACGGGUCAUCCUAGAACACGAACGUGACGCUAGGCCGUGGAACCUGACACGCCUUGAUCCCAGUAAUGCAGCCUGGUUCUAGCCAUGCCACGAUUUUCGAAACCCUCUUCUUUAUCUUGGAUACGAAGGAGAUUUCAUUCGCAACCACAGAGUCCAGAUUCAUUGAGCCAGGGUCAUAGUGCCUCAACACCAGGGGCUUCUGAAGCUGACUCGGGUGUCCCAGCGUCAACGGAAUGUUCAAAUUCGGUGUGUACCAAUGUAGCAAGCAGCUCAAACCCUUCGGAAGGCGCUUUUUUGAAUAACGCACAAUUAAACUCACAAAAAGAGUCCCCAAAUCUCUGGGCAAUUGCAUUGGACCAGCUCUCUAAAGGCUCACCAGAUGAACAGGCGUGCAUACAACAGCUACAUAAGGCAGAGCUUCUACCAACAGAGGAUGACAAGCAAUCAGUUAUUGACAAACAUUUCAUCGAUAGCGUUCAUGACCUCGUUAAAAGAAAACUAUUAGAAUCCGAUGAAAAGGCUCUCGAAGUUACCUUUCGGCAGAAAGCGUAUCGUAUCCGCGAUGUCCUAGAUAAAACGAUAAGUUGCCUAAACAGCUUUAAAGAGGUCGGCGACAUUGCUGUGAACUUUGACCCUGUACAUGCGGCCCUACCAUGGGCUGCUUUUCGGUUUCUGUUACAGACAAUGUCAAUUGGAGUGCAACAGAUGGCGGAGAUGGUGAUAGGGCUCGAAAGAUCAGUUCAGUUCAGCCUUCGUGGUAGCAUAUACGAGCAGAUGUAUCUCGAUGGCACUGAUGCUGAGCCUCAGCUUAUCUUGCAAGCGGCCCUGCUCGAUCUAUAUCGAACGUUAAUAAUUUGCAUGUCUGACUCAGUGAAGUAUCAAGAGUCAAGCUCGUUACAGAAAGCUAUGACUGGAACACUUCAACCACAGCAAUUCGCGAGCACAUUAGACACGCUUGACGCUAAAUCAGCCUGGGUCGAGACAGCCGUAAAUAUUUGUCAUCGCCAAAAGAUCAUAGGACACCUAAAUCAGACAGACAUAAGGCUACGAGCACUCCUGGAGCGACAGCUGAGUGGAAUUGAUACCAAACUAACCGAUGUAUGGGCUGCGAUCCAAGACCGUGAACGAAUUGAGGCAAUGCAGUGGAUAUCGCAUGUCCCUUAUGAGUCUGACUUCAACAAUGUCAAGGCCACCCGGUUGAAAGGCACCUGUGACUGGCUGCUCACUCAUCCAAGGUACGUCCAAUGGACACAAAGUGCCUGUUCCAAAACCUUGUGGCUUCAUGGUAUACCUGGGGCCGGAAAGACACGAUUAACAUGCAGGGUAGUGGAAUUAUUAAUGAAGGACCCAUUGAUCACUUCUGGCUGGGAGUCGCUAGCAUACUUUUUCUGUGACCGUAAUCGACCAGAUCGUCAGGAUCCAACUGCUGUGCUACGCAGCUUAGUACGACAAAUGUCCUUCCAACCGCGAACUCAAGAUAUAAUGGCCUGCACACACGACCUUUUUAUGAGUAAGAAAUCGAGGGGAUUCGCCUCAUCAGAGCUUACCAUGGAUGAGUGUCAGUCUUUGAUGACUCAGCUCAGUCGAAGUCGUCCAAAGUCUACUAUCAUCAUCGACGGGCUAGAUGAAUGUAAUCCCAAGAGUCGACAUGCUCUGUUAGAAGCCUUAGAUUCCAUUAGGACCACAUCGGACCCAGGGAUUGUGAGAAUUUUCAUUGCCAGUCGCGAUGACAAUGAUAUCAAAGAUCAGUUCGGAGGUGGAGAGCACCUGAAAAUACAGGCUGGAGACAACCAGGGAGAUAUUGAAAAGUACAUUAACAACAAGAUGCAAUCAUCGCGAUGGUGCCGGGAGCGUAUGUCUGAAUCUACGCGUAUCAACGUGCUCAAUACUUUCAAACAGAAGAGUCAAGGAAUGUUCCAAUGGGCAGCAGUCCACAUUGUUGAACUCCUUGAGCUGAAGUCCGACAGUUUAGUGUUGGAGUAUUUGAAUAAACUGCCAAUUGGUCUCGAGCAAACAUACCGACAGGUAUACAAAAGCAUUAACAUACGCAAAAAGCAUCUUACGGAUCGAGCUUUCCAGUGGGUGAUGUGUUCAUGGAAACCACUAAGCCCCCAAGAGCUAGUAGUUGCUAUUUCACAGGAUUCUUCAAAGCCGUUUAACGCCGAGGUUGACAUCGACAUAGAUAUGCUUAUGGACGCGUGUAAAAACUUUCUAGUCGUAGAAGAUGGCGGAGAUCGCAAGUUUUGCAGAUUUUCUCACUUGUCAAUCCAAGAAUAUCUAGAGCUGCACCAUUUCACAAACACGGAGGCAGUCAGCUUUGUCCUAGAUAUUCACAUCAACUACCUUGAAGUGGAGUUAAAUGAAAGUAUAGCCCCGACUGAGUGGCACAAGAGAAUGAACCUGUGGCACCGGCAAGUAGAGAUGGUGGAUGGUAAGGUUUUACCAGCCACACGGGAUUCAAUGAAGAGGUUCUUAGGGCAUCCAACUGAGAGCUCCCCAGCAUAUCGGCGCUGGAUUCAAGAAAUACUACGAAACAACGCCAAUGCUGAUGAUAAGUUUGAUGUCAUAUUACGCAAUAGAAACGAAAGCGGAGAGGAUCAUGGCAUCUCAUGGGUCUGCUGCGUCGCAUAUUGCAUGUACGAUGUCCUACAAGAUUGGCUACACACAGGAGUCUUGAAACCAGAGGAUAAUUAUGACAUAUGGAGAAUAUUCCGCUCUAGGAUUUGCAAGCCUUUGCGCUCAGUCACGAAUUUGGGAUCUUCUGGUCACAUCAGGUGUGGGCAUCAACUAGUUGCUGGAGGUGAUUCUCGUCUUUCAAAGGUGGAAGCACUUCUUCAGCAUGGAGCAGAUGUCAAUGCAAAACACCCGUACUUUGGCACGGCUCUGCAAAUGGCUGCGAGCUUCGGCUCAACUGGCCUAGUGAGUUUACUCAUUGGUCGUGGUGCUGAUAUCAAUAUAGCUGCUGGGAAUUAUAGUACCGCUAUUCAGGCUGCAGCAGCUCAUAGCAAUAAGCAGAUAUGCGAGAUUCUUUUAGAAAAAGGUGCUAAUGUGAAUACCUUCGGUGGGUUCUACUAUACCCCAUUGUGGGCCGCGGUCUACCAAGGCAACCCCGUUAUAGCGAAAAUCUUACUGCAAAGGGGAGCGGAUGUCAAUAUGGGGAAUGAUCAGAACACGAAACCUAUUCACGGGGCUGUUCUCUGGGGCCAUGCCUCUGUGGUAAAAUUUCUCAUAGACUACGGAGCUGAGAUCAACGCUGUUUCGUCUCGGUAUGGAACCCCAUUAUAUGAGAGUUUUACCGCGGUGAGAAAUCCAUCUUCGGAAGUUGUAAGUCUCCUUCUUGGCUCUGGGGCUCACUUAGGUGAAUGCAAUGACGCAGUGGCAAUAGCUCAGCUACAUUCUUUUGAGCGAGGGGAGCUCACGUGGCCAAAUCCGCAUGAGGACUUCGAUUCUGGGUCCAACUGUACGGUCAACUUUGGUACCCCAUGGUAGAUUAUAGCUUGAAUAAUGAUGUUAGGCAUAUUGUUAUAUAUUAGAUAGAAGUAGGAUGCUGGCAGGAUUACUAGCAGUGUUGGAAUUAUAAAUGGAGGCACCUCUUCUCUAUUACUAUAUUCAACCUCUCCCUUGAAGCAAUAAACUAUAUUAUAUAUUAACUAUAAUCUUAUAGUUGUAAUAGAUAAAUAUGAAUAAAUAUUAAUAAAUUAAAUAAUAA